GCUGAGGUUAAAUUGGUUUGUUCGGCAUCCGUAGCAAUCCGAGCCCUUCGAAAUUGACGAAGUCGUAGGACCAGAAUGAAUCUCAGAAAUGCGCUGGCAUGUAUUCAAAGAGCUCAUGGAGCGGAGCAGUCGAUCCAUUUGUUCUCGUAAAGUUCAUCCCGCCGGAAGAGGGGAGUAUUGAGAAUCUACUUAUCAGCCUUGUUCUGUUUGAGUGGAAGGACAAGCCAUUGAUUGGGAAGCAAGUAUCGGACGAUCCAUCCGCUAUGAGAGAUUAUAUAUGCAGCCCUACCGCCGUUACGUCGGGACUUUGCAACGAAACUCAUCUCGGCGAGUUCAUCCUCGCAGACGAUGCGCAGGAUGUAUCGAAGAACCAAAUCCUCACCCAAGCCAUCGAUCUGAAAGACCCUCCGGCGAUCCGAUAUCCGGUCACAAAAACCGGCUACUACUGCGUGGGAACUUGGUCCGAGAGUCCCGAAUACACGGCGAUCGUCGAAUUCCGGAACGCAUACGGAGAGCUGGCCGCGGCGCAAAUCCCGAAGCUCCCCUUCUAUGGUGGUCUGACCAUCGCCUAUGCAGUCAUGGUCAUAUUCUGGGCGUUCCUAUAUGUUCAGAACCGGCAUGAUAUCCUCCCGGUGCAGAACUACAUCACCGCAAUUCUGGUAUUCCUGGUGGUCGAAAUGCUCAUGACCUGGGGCUUCUACGACUACACGAACCGACAUGGGACGAACGCGGGCUCGAGAGCACUGCUCGUCAUCGUUUCGGUGCUCAACGCUGGUCGGAACUCGUUCUCCUUCUUCCUCCUGCUAAUCGUAUGCAUGGGCUAUGGAGUGGUCAAGCCUAGUCUGGGCAAGAAUAUGGUGUAUGUUCGAUGGCUCGCUGCCGCACAUUUCCUCUUCGGUGUCAUAUAUGCGGUUGCGAGUCUGACGAUCCACCCGGAGAAUGCCGGGCCUCUCGUUCUUCUGGUCAUCUUGCCGCUGUCCGCAACGCUCACCGCAUUCUACAUCUGGACGCUGAACUCUCUCAACAUGACGAUCAAGGAUCUUAUCGCUCGGAAGCAGCACGUCAAGGCUUCCAUGUAUAAGAACCUAUGGUACUGCAUCCUAACCACCAUUUUGGUCAUCUUUGGAUUCUUUUUCUUCAAUUCCUUCACUUUUGCCGGCUAUGGCGACGACGAUUUCGCCCCGUCCCAUUGGAGGAGCCGCUGGUUCAUAUUGGAUGGGUGGCUCAACAUUGUUUACUUCGCUGUUGUGGCGUUCAUCUCAUAUCUAUGGCGACCAACGGCGAACAACCGCCGUUUCGCCAUGAGCGACGAGAUCGCCCAAGAUGACGAGGGCUUCGAAAUCGCGUCUAUGCGCUCUUCCUUGGACGAGGAGGACGGAGGAUACUCGCACAAUGAGUCAACCGGUCAGCAGUUUGAGGGCCUUCGAUCCACACCGGCCGGUGCGUCAGUAGAUCGCUCCAGGUCCCCAUUGCCGGCGCCAAAGCCUCAGCGACCGGCCACACUGCCUCGGGAGUCGCUGGAUGGUGAGACGAUAUUUGCUGUGGGUGAUGAGGAUAAGUGGUCGGAUGAUGAGGACGAUGAGGGACAUGGUGACGAGUCGAAGCGACUCACAGGGAAGACCGACUAAGAUCCGCCUCGGUUGAUUGUGAUGGUUGAUGUGUGUUACAACGUUGGUUUGCUCUAUUUCGUACACCCGCAUUGCAUGGCGCCUGGAUUGUGAAGUCCGAAAUGUACAGUUAGACUAUAAUGGGGCAUGAGUCCAUUUGAAUUAUGCUGGAAUAAAUCCUUGUUCCUGG